AUGCUCAAGCUCAAGAACAUCGUCAAAUGCAUCGCGACGGCCUUCAAGGCUGUACCUGAGCAUCAACCGCCUCGCCUCGAGACCGUCGAACAGGCUAUCAAAGCAUCCGCGAUAGCCAAAACGGCUAAGGCUCAAGCAAAGGCAGCGGCUAAGGCCCAGGAAGACGCCGCCUAUGAAGACUGGCUGGAUCAGAUAGCACGCAUCGACCCCAAGAAUAGCUCUCAUCAACGAUACGGACCCCCGUGGUGA